UCGAUUUGAACUGCGCCGAAGCUCCACAUACUGCAAUAUUACAAGGUACCAAUUCCCUACUGUUCCUAACCUUCUUUACGAUUUAUUGUCAGCAGUUUAUAGAUGACCAUGGAGAUAGGGGCUACAUCUUCUGAGUCUCCUGGAUAUCAGAUGAAUCCAGGGAGCCAUCUUAGGAACCCAACGGGACGCUACAACGUCCUUUCCGCCAGAGUAACGGGCUACUUGAUCUUCUGUGGUGCUGUGUGCUGUGUUAUCUUAGCCAUUGCUCAGAUUGUUCUGGAGUCUGGGAUCGGAAGAUAUGGAUCAGGAAUAUGGUGUUCUGCUUUGGUCUUCAUUCCAUGUGGAGUCGUUGGAAUCAUCAGCAGCUACAAGAAGAACGCUAACCUUAUUAUUGCCUACCUUGUGCUAAGUAUCUUAACGGCAGCUGGGUCGGGUGGAGUGAUGAUCGUAAGCGCCAUCAGUGCAUCCGCUACAGGUCGAUGCUACGAAAGUGACUGGCAAUAUGAUUGUUGUAGCAAGAGUACAUGGAUUGGUCGAAUCGUUUCUGACUCCAUGCUGUCUAUCGUCUGUCUGUUAGAGAUGAUCAUUGCUAUAGUGGCUGCUUCUUACUGCUGUUCAGGAUUAUGCUGUACAUGCUGUGGUGCAGACAUCAAACCUAUUCAAGAGGUGCAGGAGCCUACUGAUGUCAAGAAACAGAGUUUGGAGCAUGCCUAAGAAAGGACAGCAUCACAUAUUGAUCUAUCUACACUUCAGACGAGUAGUUUAAGAUUUUACAGCCAAUUCGUUAAAGGGAACACAUGCAUUAUUGUGAAAUUUUGCGAAUAUUGUUUUUUUCUUCUUAUUCGAAUGUAAUGAUUACUGCGAUUUGAGUGAAGCAUUUAAGUUAAGAGAGACUUUUCAACUGAUAAUUAGUAUAAUGCAACUAUUCCUGGAAUCGACGGGUAUCAUCCUGUUAAAAUGACUCGGUAACAAUGUUAAAGGUUGAUGAAGAAAACUGCGUAAUUGUUGUAUGAAAUGUUACUUAUUUUAUUCCUUCUUCUGUACUAGCCCUCUAACAGUAACAAGGAAAAACUCCUGAAAAAAAUACAUAAGAC